GUUCCGACCGCUCACAACCGAACAACCCAGCACCGACUGAUACCUUCAAAAUGAGCUUGUCAGUCGCGUUAUUUGAGUCAAUAUUAAACUACCCGGAUGCCGAACACUGAUAUCUUUCCGUCCCACGAAUGUCCUUUUGAAGUUGUCUCUCAGCUCUGUUGUUAUAUAUCAGCGUGCUGCUGUUUGUAGAAGUUUUCAGGACUCUUUCGCUAACUGACCGCUCCGAUAAAGCGACGCCAUGAUCCCCGAAUGUCCCGGCGCCGGGGAGAGAAGCCGGACCCGCUUCCAGCACAGCAGCCCGGCAGCCGAACCGAGCCCGGGCCGCGGCGGCAGCGGCUUGUUGUCCGCAAUUAAAACCACGGUCAACAACGAACCGUUCACCGACCACUACACCAUCAUCCCCGGCAAAGAGCUGGGAAGGGGGAAGUUUGCUGUGGUCAGGAAGUGCGUUGAGAAAUGCACGGGCCACGAGUACGCCGCAAAGUUCAUGAGGAAGAGACGGAAAGGCCAAGACUGCCGGAUGGAGAUCAUCCAUGAGAUCGCAGUGCUGGAGUUGGCCACAGCCAGCCUCCGGGUGGUCAACCUCCACCAGGUCUAUGAGAUGGCUUCUGAGAUGGUGCUGGUCCUGGAGUU